UUCUUGGCAACAGGGCAACGGGAGAAGUUGGUGAGGGAAUCAUGUCGGAGGUUAUUCACGUCAAAACUGAGACAGACGAAUUUUGUCUAAAGGGAAGAACAUGUGAAGUAUCUUCAUAUUCAUUUAUACCAAAAGAAAGAAAGAAUCCACCUGAGAGGACGUACUUUGGAUCGGAGAAGAAGGGACGGUACUCCAAUUCGACGUAUGACCGCUUGUUCAAACAGGAUGAAGGAUAUAACAACAAACUCCAUCGGGAUGACCGGGAACACGCCAAGUUAAGAGGACUCACAGUCAAUGAUGAGGAAAAGGAAAAGAUAGUCCCUACUCUUUCAUCUUCUGAAUACGGACAUCGGCUAAAAAUCCAUGUGGAUCAUCCAGACAGAGCACAUGUUCGCAUCGGGUAUGUCAACUCGGAGUUCUAUCGACGUAAUGGAAUCACAUCCUGAGUUGGCUGUUGCUGCAGGUCCAGAUGUUGGUGUCGCUGCAGGUGUAGAUGCUGCCCGCAUUGAAGAAACCCUAUGUUGACUGAGAUUUUAUGUUCUGUGAUACUGACUGAGUUACAUGGUGUUUUAGUCU